GUGAGGUUCAGUGCACCCAAGAUGCACAGGGUAAAGAAACCCUCGCAUACUAUGUCAACACAGUGCAUGGGCGGAGGAUUACGGCUGCCAUUGUUACCAAGGUCAAUGGAAACGACUACGAAUGUCUUACAAGUCAAGAUUGGAAAGACUUCAUUCGAGCUACUGGAUAUUUUAAACUCAUGACGAAGGUAUUCCGAAACAAAGAUGAACUUCAGCACCUGCUCAGCCAUUAUGUUUUCAACAAUUCCUCACUGCCAAAAAUCACAGAAUGCCCAAAGACUCGUUCACUUCAUCUCCCCGAUGUCCUCCAAUUCAACAUUGUUUGGUUUCUCUUAAAGGCCACUCACAUCAAUUCUGCUGCCAUUCCUGUAUGCAUGCAUCGCCAUCUCUUUGAACAUGCCAAGCGCUACAGUAGUCUCAUUUAUGGUGCUCGAACAUGGACAGUCAAAGUUGAUGACUUUUGCUUCUCAGAUGGCCUUGCUGCAUUUUUAAUUGAAAAUGAUGUUGAGGUUGGGACAUACAUGUUGCUCCAGCACAUUGGUAAUUUCAAAUUCCAAGUUCUGAUGUUCGAUAAUUUGGGCUUCUCUUUGAACCUUGCCGCGCCCCCCAUGGGUUCCUCCACCACAUCACAACAACAAGAUGUUUUUACGGUCUGCGUGGAAUCCUGUCUUCCGAACUGCUCUUAUAGACAGCUGUACAAACCUCCAUCUUUCCUGUAUGUGCGUAAACAUACUUCGAAGGAAUGUUGUGAAGCCUUUUUAAACUCAUGUGCCAACAUAGACGGCCACCUGGAAAUGCACUUUGGCAAGGACAAUGCAUAUUUUUCCCCUAAAGAGGGGCCAAUGUUGCGCAACAUUCGAACUACCUUUGCAUUGAAGCGCCAUUAUCCUCUUGUCUUUGUCAAGUAUGUCCCUGGAAUAGCGUUACUGAUGGCCAUAUCACCAUGUGGGGUCGAAGAACCACCAAAGCGGGCAAAAAAAUAUGAAAUCUCUACAUCUACAUGUGCCAACACUACUGCCCCU